AUGAAGUGCGUCAUCAACUUCAUCCGCUUCUUUGGUGGCCCAAUUCAUAUGAUGAUGCGACGAUACCGCUUCGUGGAGGAAGGCCUUACCCUAGGCAGACCCGACACAAAGAACGUCAUCGCGCAGACACGGAGAAACGUCAAACUAUGGAAUAGGCUUCAUGAGCGGGAAGGUAUAAAAGAGCAGAGACUCGAGCAUGGCCUUGCAGCAAUGCUAGAAAAAGCUAACCAGACUUUGUGCUCUGAAUGCGAAUAUCGGGAGAGUUAUGGUGUACCGCAGGAUCAUACCUUUGGCGGGGUAUCCCUUUGUGCUGGGUGUCAGCUGGAAUGGUCGGAAUAUAUAGAAAAUGUGCUCGAGCGCAUGGUCGAAGCUUUUCCAGAAACUGCGGAGCCCAUUCACACAAGUGAGAUGCGAGCGACAUCUUUCGUCACGCAGUGA